AUGCUUCCCACAUGCCUUGCUGAAGAUGAAAUUAUUCAUGCCGUCUCUACAAGACCUCUCGACAUCCCAGAAGUCGUUAACGCUCUCGCUCACGUCCUUCCAACUUCACCAAAUCCACCCAUAAAUUUAGACUAUGCAAAAGAGCCACACGCAGUGCAACAAAUUAAUCAUCAGCCACCGGAAAAGAUGGAUGUGUUUACAAUCAGUUCAAUUACUGCCCUUAAGUUGUUGUGUGCUGGGAUAGAGGCCCUAAUAAAAUUUUCAGCAGAAACAAUGUUAUCUGACUCCCCAGUCAACGAAGCAAGUCCAAACUAUUGUUCAGUCCAGGCUGAGGAGAAAGUCAUGCGGGAAUCUUCCUACAAAGACAUACCAAAUUCCGCAUCGUCACCAAAACGUUCCAAGAUACCUGCAGCCUUGAAUUUCGAAUCCAUUGCUAUCGACGGAGUAAAACUUCGCAAAGCCCUAACAAAAAUACCUGCCACGACCUCACAACCCUACAUAAUUAUCGGUGAUAAUGCUAAACCUAUUUACAUCCAGCAAAGUGCCAUUACCCGCAAAUUUUAUUCCAAGCAAUUGCCGCACAUUAGCCUCGUAGAUUAUCUCAUGCGCAUACAUAAAUUCUGCCCUAUUUCUACGGCUGUCUACCUUGCCACAAGCUGUUACAUUCAAAAGCUAGUUGUUGAGGAGAAAGUAAUGCCAAUCACCCGCCUAAACUGUCAUCGACUGGUAUUAGCCGGAUUAAGGGUUGCAAUGAAAGCACUCGAAGAUGAGAGCUACGCACACUCUCGAUUUUCAAAGGUUGGAGGUGUUAGCGAAAGUGAACUUGCAAGAUUAGAGAUAAGCUUCUGCUUCCUGACAAACUUUGAAUUUUCGACGAGUGAAGAAGCCUUAUCAGAACAAGCUGUUAGUCUCAAAGCCAUAUCAUCACUGCAGGGCGGGAUGAAUUUUAUUUACAGAACACCGUUGAAGUGUAAUCAGCGGCCGUGCCUUGGCAUCAAAGAAAUCGCAGCAGAAACUCAGACCGGACGUCUGAAAAAUACGUGUCUUUCGUGA